UCCUCUUCCUCUUUGCUGUGUGACACCCGCAGAGAGAGAGAGAGAGAGAGAGAGAGAGAGAGAGAGAGAGAGAGACACCAUGGGGAAGCAGAGCUCGGUGAUGGACGCCAGAGGGGAACCGAUCCCGACGUCGGCGGUGCUGAUGGCGGCGUCGAAGCACAUUGCAACGCGUUGCAGGGAGGAGAAUCGCGCUUUCAUCCUCUGCAAGAAGAAGGACCCCAACCCCGAGAAGUGCCUCGACAAGGGGCAGCAGGUCACGCGCUGCGUCCUGUCCUUGCUGAAAAAGCUUCAUGAGAAAUGCCCACAGGAGAUGGACGCAUAUGCCAGUUGCAUGUAUUACCACACUAACGAGUUUGAGUUUUGUCGCAAAGAGCAACAAAAAUUUGAGAGUGCCUGCCCUUUGUCCGAAUAAUGAUGUCUCUGUGGGGAAACUGCAAUGAAGAACAUUCGGUCCAGCUUUUUACAACUUUCUGAUGUAAUAAAAUCUGUCAUAGAUUUAAGAUUGAGAAUUUGCUUGAUGUUUCCAAUGAUAAUACUCUUUUGGUGCA